AGGUCUUGUCAAAAUUUUAUCACCCUGAUAAAAAUAUUGCGUCGCAUUAUUGUUUUUUUACAGCUAAUUUUUCUUACGGUCUUGAAAAUAGUAACAGUUGAAGUUUAAAAGUCAUCAAAAAAGCAGAUAGUUUCCAUUGAAAAUGCCGAAAAUCUUCACACCCACAAACCAAAUACGGCACACCAAUGUGGCCGUGGUACGAAUAAAAAAAGCCGGCAAGCGAUUCGAAAUAGCCUGUUACAAAAACAAAGUGGUAUCCUGGCGAACCGGAGCCGAGAAAGAUCUGGAUGAGGUACUACAAACGGUCGCAGUGUUCACCCACGUUGCCAAGGGUGAAAUGGCCAAAAAGGAAGAUUUGAUCAAAGCAUUUGGGAAGGAUGAUGUCACUGAAAUUUGCAAGGAAAUUCUAGCCAAAGGUGAGCUGCAGAUAUCCGAGAAGGAACGGCACGAUCAGCAAGAGUCGAUGUUUCGCGAGAUUGCCACUAAUGUUGCCGAUCGGUGUAUAAAUCCGGAGACGAAACGUCCUUAUCCGGUGUCCAUUAUUGAGAAGUCCAUGAAGGAUGUUCACUAUUCGAUUAAACCCCAUCGGAAUGCUAAACAGCAGGCACUGGAGGUAAUCAAACUGCUACAGGCGACGAUUCCGCUGGAACGGGCAAAGAUGCGGUUGAAGGUGGCCCUGCCCCGGAAGGAAGCUAAGCGACUAAAGGAGAAAAUUGCAAAGCUCUGCUCACCGGUAGAAUCGGAACAGUGGGAAGGCGAUCAGCUGGUCAUGACCUGUUUGAUUGAUCCGGGACACUACCGGGAGAUGGAUGAAAUCAUUCAGACGGAGACGAAAGGGCAUGGGGUGCUGGAGGUGCUUAACUUGAAGGAAAUCAAGGAGGGAGAGGAAGUUCUGGAAUGAAUGCACAAAAUUUUGUUUACUGAUUUUCAAUAAAUGUUAUCAUUUCAA